AUGUGGGUGAUUGCCGUCGUACUCCUCGUGGUCAUCAUUUUUGCAAUCAAAUGGAUAAAGAAAGUUCGUCAAUAUCCACCAGGUCCAUUUCCAUUGCCUUUGAUCGGAAAUAUUCAUAACAUUAUGAUGGCGAAGCUACAAAUGAAAGGAAUAAUUGAUCUCAUGAAAGUGUGGCAGAAGGAGUACGGUAACGUAAUCACUAUCUGGUUGGGACCUGUACCAUCUGUUCACAUACUCAACUUCGAGACAGCAAAAGAGGAAAUGCUUUCUAAUGGUGCUGCUUAUACUGACCGAUUCGUACCAUAUAUGCUGGACGUGAGACGAGAGGGAAGAGGUACAGCAUUCUCAAACGGCGAGUUUUGGGCCGAUCAUAGACGGUUCACUUUACGAACAUUGCGUGAUUUCGCGCUAAAGAAUAGCGUAAUGGAGGAAAGAAUCAUGGAUGAGGUCCAGUCGAAGUUAGUGUACUUGUAA